UCCUCUCCACUUGGCCGCCUCCUCAAGCGGAUCCAUCAAUCCGGCUUCACAAUGGCGGCGGCAGACUGGGUGAGGAUGAUCGAUGUCGUUUUGGAUGCUAGCAAGGUGCGCAAGCGAGCGGAGGAGGAGGAGAAGGAAGUGGCGGCCAAGGCGACGACAUCGUCCGUGGUUCUGGCAUGGCGAGACCUCACGGUCUCGGUUUCUUCCAGUCAGGGAGGGCAGGCGCGCAAGGUUCUUCACGGAUUGACAGGCUAUGCCGAGCCCGGGCGAUUGCUGGCCGUGAUGGGACCGUCCGGCUCCGGGAAAUCGACGCUGCUCGACUCCCUCGCUGGGAGGCUUGCGAGGAAUGCCAAGAGAGAAGGGAGCGUGUGGAUCAACGGGCAGAAGCAAAAGACCUCGUUUGGAACGGCUGCUUAUGUGACACAGGAAGAUGUUUUGAUCGGGACUCUCACAGUUAGAGAGACGAUCUUCUACUCAGCGAAGCUGCGGCUGCCUGAUAAGAUGCCGCUGGCCGAGAAGAUCGCCAUGGUGGAGACGGCGAUCUUGGAGAUGGGGCUUAGCGAAUGCGCCGACACUGUCAUUGGGAAUUGGCACUUGCGGGGGCUUAGCGGCGGUGAGAAGAGAAGGGUCAGCAUUGCUCUGGAGCUCCUUCUAAGGCCACAUUUGUUGUUUCUGGACGAGCCCACGAGCGGUCUUGACAGUGCUUCGGCGUUUUUUGUGACGAAGACUCUGCAGAAGCUAGCUAGAGAUGGCCGCACGGUUUUGGCCUCGAUUCACCAGCCCAGCAGCGAAGUUUUUGCACUCUUUGACGAUCUCUUCCUCCUCGCGAACGGGAGGACCGUUUACUUUGGUGAAUCUCGAUCGGCUCACCAGUAUUUCUCCGCAGCGGGAUUUCCCUGCCCUCCGCUGCGCAAUCCCUCGGACCAUUUUCUGCGAGCCAUCAACUCGGACUUUGACAGAGUCAAGCAAACUCUGAAAGGAUCUUACAUCGAUGACCAACUGGAUUCCAGUGACCCUCUGAACAAAAUCACGGCCACGGAAGUUGUGGCUAUACUUUUGGAUAGUUAUCCGUUGUCGACCCAGGCAUUCUGGGCCGACUCCAAAGUAAACGAGUAUACUUCUCUGAAUGGUACUGUUUCAGAACCGAAUGGAAGCCAGGCCAGCUUUCUUACACAGUCUUUGACUCUAACGUGCAGAUCUUUCGUCAACAUGACCCGAGACAUUGGUUACUACUGGCUUCGGCUUGCGAUCUACAUGUUGCUGACUCUGUGCAUCGGAACCAUUUACUUCAAGGUGGGAUCGACGUAUGAAUCCAUCGCAGCAAGAGCCUCGUGUAUGGCUUACGUUGCCGGUUUCCUCACUUUCAUGUCGAUUGGUGGCUUUCCAUCCUUCGUGGAAGAUAUGAAGGUUUUUGCUCGAGAAAGAUUGAAUGGUCACUAUGGAGUGGCAGCAUUCGUGAUUGCGAACACGCUGUCGUCGCUGCCGUUUCUGUUCCUCAUAUGCUUCGUCUCGGGAUUCAUUUGCUACUACAUGGUCGGACUUAACCCGGGCUUCGACCACUUCAUCUACUUCCUCCUCAUUCUCUUCUGUAGCGUCUCGGUGGUGGAAAGCCUGAUGAUGGCAGUGGCGAGCGUCGUCCCCAACUUUCUCAUGGGUAUCAUCACUGGAGCUGGAAUCCAGGGCUUUUUCAUGCUUGUAGCCGGGUUCUUCCGCCUUCCCAACGAGAUCCCAAAGGUUUUCUGGAAGUACCCGGUGUCCUACCUCAGCUUCCAUAUGUUCUCCCUCCAGGGGAUGUACCAAAACGAUUUCCUGGGCGUUGAUUUCUCGAACAAGUUCCCAGCGCUGCCAACGAUCCCCGGCCGCCUCAUCCUGUCCGAGUUCUACCAAGUGAACAUGCGGCGCUCCAAAUGGGCCAACCUCGCCGUGGUUUUCAGCAUGAUCGUCAUCUAUAGGCUCUUCUUCUUCGCGAUGAUCAAAGCCGGCGAAGAUCUGUGGCCGCGAGCCAGGAGACUCACUACCAGUCGCGCCUCUCUCUGGAGGAUCAAGGCCAUGGAUCUCGUCACAAAGCUCUCAGAGAUGCGGCGAAAGAGCAGCUCAAUCGCCCACAGAUCGAGCAGCGAUGAAUUUCUACCCCCGCCAUCGCUGCUCUAAGAAGCAGCAACUGUAAGGGCUUCAGCUGAAGCGGAUUAUAUCCCCUGCCCACGUGGAAGGGCAUAAAGCAUAGAAUCUAAAGGUGCCCCUUUUAUGGCGGGCUUGCAUUUC